AUUACCAAGGGUCUUAAAGAAAUUCAUGACAAUCAGAUGGUUCAUCAUGAUUUUCAUACGGGAAACAUACUAUUUACUAAUCCUUCUAUUGGAGCAGAUGUUUAUAUUUCAGAUAUGGGAUUAUGUAAAAAAGUUGAUAAUGAAGAAAAAACAAAUAUUUAUGGAGUUUUGCCUUAUAUGGCUCCUGAAGUACUAAGAGGAAAUCCAUAUACUCAAGCAGCAGAUAUUUAUAGUAUGGGUAUGAUUAUGUAUUUUGUAGCAACUGGCAAACAACCUUUU